GGCAUCCUGAGGUUUCCCUGGCUGACUCCUCCAAGGGGCUGUAGACAAUCAGUGCAUUGUCAGCAGGGGCUGCAGCAUGGAACAAGGGCACGUCCACACUGAGCGCCUCAGGUCCAGGCCUGUUGAGACAUUGCUGCAGAUGCUCCGAAAGACCUCAAGCUCCAGGGUACCCUGGUCCAACCAAACCACUCUAGUGGACGUGGCCCAGAACACGGCAACUAUCAUGGUGACUCCACUUCAGAGCAACCACAGCUGGGCCGUACUGUUUGACGGACAAAAUGGCUACAUCUGUUACCGACCGGCAGAGCACCAGGCCUGCUUCCUCCGUCUGAUGGAAGCCCAAGAUUGGGAGACCUUACGGCUGCUGGUGAACACUUCCAGGGCCCAAGAGUCCCAUGUACCUGGCCAAGACACCCACUAUAUUCAGGAGCUGCUGGCAGUUUUGGGGGGUCAUACUGUGGACCCUGCCCAAGCAGGAGCUUCGGUGCGACACCUUUGCAUGGACACUCCCAUCUACUGGGCCCAACGGGCAGAGGGGCCCCAGAGACAGCGGCUGAUCUACCUCUGCAUUGACAUCUGCUUCCCGAGCAACAUCUGUGUGUCUGUCUGCUUUUAUUACCUUCCAGACUAAGUCCCCUACUGACCUGCCUUUGGUCCCACAGGCCAGUCCUGUCCCCACAGGUCAGCAAGCUGGUCAGGUCACCAGCACCAAUAAAGGGCAGCUGACAGUAGGGACAAAUAAACCCAUAUUACCUGGC